AUCCCUGGGGCUGGGCUCCAGUGGCUGGCAGAGGCCUGGGCCCCGGGCGGGCGAGGUCAGCGGAGGCUGGCCGGCCCCAGGCGGGGCAGCCCAGGGUGGGAAAGGCAUCAGCCAGGGAGCGUGCCCGCUCGCCUAGACUCCCCUCACCCCUCUCGGGCUGGCCGGGCACCUCGGGCCGGGAGCCCGCCGCCCAGAGGCGCUGAGGGCCCAGGGGCGGCCCCGCGGGGCUCCGUGGGGCCCGGGGCCGCGCCAGCGCCGGAGCCGGGUAUGGCUGUGACAGUGGAUGUGUUGGGGCCUGCACCCUGGGGCUUCCGCAUCACUGGGGGCAGGGAUUUCCACACCCCCAUUAUGGUGACCAAGGUAACUGAGCGGGGCAAGGCCGAGGCUGCCGACCUCCGGCCUGGUGACAUUAUCAUGGCCAUCAACGGGGAGAGUGCAGAGGGCAUGCUUCACGCCGAGGCCCAGAGCAAGAUCCGCCAGAGCCCCUCACCCCUGCGGCUUCAGCUGGACCGCUCUCAGGCUGCCUCUCCCGCUCAGACCAACGGGGAAAGCUCUGUGGAUGUGCUGGCCACUCGCUUCCAGGGCUCUGUGAGGACGCACACUGACAGCCAGUCCUCCCUCCGUUCCUCCUGCUCCAGCCCAGCCUCCCUGAGCCCCCAGCCAGGCAGCCCCUUCCCCACCCUGCCCCCCACCAGCCCACCUGCUCUCGCCGCUGGAGAGGUGGUGGUCAGCCGCAGUUUCCAGAGCCUGGCACACUCCCCGGGACCCGCUGGCACUGACCGCCUGUCCCCCCGGGGCCAGCCCAGAAGCCGACAGGCCAGCCUCAGCCGUGCUGGCGACUCCCCUGUGCUAGUGCUGCCCCCGCCUUCCCUGGGCACGCGCUCCUCCAGCCCCAGGCUCAGUGUGGGCUCAGAAGGGGGAAGCCACUUCCUGGAAGAGGACUCAGAAGCCUUCAAGAUGCUGCAGGAAAAUCGUGAGGGGCGGGGGGUCCCCCGGCAGUCCAGCUCCUUUCGGCUCUUGCAGGAAGCCCUGGAGGCUGAGGAGAGAGGUGGCGCUCCUGCCUUUCUACCCAGCUCACUGAGCCCCCAGUCCUCCCUGCCUGCCCCCAGGGCCCUGGCCACGCCAGCCAAGCUGCACACGUGUGAGAAGUGCAGCACCAGCAUUGUGAACCAGGCAGUCCGCAUCCAGGAGGGCCGGUACCGCCACCCUGGCUGCUACACCUGCUCGGACUGUGGCCUGAACCUGAAGAUGCGCGGCCAUUUCUGGGUCGGGGAUGAGCUGUACUGCGAGAAGCAUGCCCGCCAGCGCUACUCUGCGCCUGCCCUCGGCUCCCAGGCCUGAGCGCCACCGCAUCCUCACCCCCGCCCCGGACUCCAGCCGCUCACACCAGGCCAGGGCCAAUAUGAGUUGGCAUGGAAGGCGAUGGUGGAUGGAGGCCAGCGGCUGGGAAUGGUUAUAGGCUGUGGGGAGGACAGCCUCCUCCUCCCAGGCCUCUGCUGGCCCCUCUAGCUUCCCCUGCAGGACAGGCUCUUCAGGUGUCUCACCGAUUGGACACCUCUGUGCUGCAGGGGUUAAGGAGGUUGGGGCAGAAGAGACAAGCAUGCAGAAGAGGGGUGGGCCAGAGGCCGAAGGUCCUCACUGUGUAAAGUUUUCUACACGUGAGCUUUCUCUCUCUGUAUAUAUAUAUAUGUAUGUGGACAAAAUAAAGUAGAUGCCCCUC